AUGGAGGCCACGGCACUCUCCUUUGGGAUCCUGAUGCUGUUACAGCUCAGUGCUGGGGUCACCAUGAAUGCCUUCCUUCUCCUGUUUUAUAUCCGCAUGGUCUCUGCCAGCUCCAAGUUCGGGCCCUCCGAUUUGAUCCUUGGCCACCUGGCUUUGGCCAACACCAUGGUUCUUCUCACGUUUGGAAUCUCAGAGACCCUUUCAGCUUGGAGACUGAGGAAUUUCCUGAACAAUGGUGGAUGUAAAAUUCUCAUGUAUCUGUACCGAGUGGCCCGGGGCCUGGCUAUCUGCAGCACCUGCUUCCUGAGUGUGUUCCAGGCCAUUACUAUCAGUCCCGGGACCACUCGGUGGGCCUGGAUCAAGGCCAGGUUGCCCAGGUGCAUUGUCCCCUCCUGCCUCUUCUCCUGGGGCCUCAGUCUACUCAUAGAUUUUGAUGUCUUGCUGAACAUGACAGGUCCUCAGAACAGCAGCAGUGUUCAACUCGUGUUGGAUCUCAAAUAUUGUGCAAAAAUCAGUGCCAGUGCAGAAAUCACCCUUCUAAUUGCGGUUGUGCGUUCCCUCCGUGAUCUUUUCUUCAUGGGGCUCAUGAGCGCGGCCAGUGGCUACAUGGUGUUUGUCCUACACAGGCACCACCAGCAGGUCCGACACCUCCACGUGCCCGGACGCCCCCCCGGGGCGAUGCCUGAGGUCAGGGCAGCUAAAAGGGUUAUGGCCCUGGUCACCCUCUAUGUCCUCCUCUAUGGACAACAGACCAUCACGCUGAGCAUCUUACUAAACUUAAAAAAGAAACCCCCUCUGUUGGUGGACAGCCACAUGGUGUUGUCUUUCACCUUCUCAACUGUGAGUCCAUUCCUGAUCAUUCAUGGUGACUGGAGAAUGAGGACAUUUUGGAAACGGGACUCUCCUAUUUCUCACCUGAAUCCCUGA